AUGUCAUGGCAAGACGUUGAAAAUUAUGAUACUCCUUUUUACAUUCCGCGAUGUUAUAGUGAUAGAGUGCAUAAACUGUGCAGACUACCUAAUGGUAUUUUAACAUUAUUAAUUUCUGACCCUAAGGAUACAAUAAGUGCCUGUUCCCUAUCUGUAGCAACAGGUUCUCAUAAUGAUCCUGCGGACUUACCAGGAUUAGCUCAUUUGUGCGAGCAUAUGGUUUUAGCGGCCGGCUCCAAAGAUUAUCCAAACGCUGGACUAUACCACUCAAUGCUUACCAAAAAUAAUGGAACACAAAAUGCAUUUACAACUGGUGAACAAACAACAUUUUAUUUUGAGGUACCGACCACUCAAAAUUCGGGAGAACUGAUUUUUGAUAAACUGGUGGAUGUGUUUUCUUCAUUUUUUAAAGAACCACUGUUCAAUCCAUUGUUAACUAAUAAAGAAAUAUAUGCGAUACAAAGUGAACAUGAAGGAAACAUAUCUUCCUUAAACAAAAUCCUAUAUCAUGCCACAAGAUUGAUGGCCAACAAAGAUCAUCCUUUUAGCCAAUUUUCGACAGGUAAUAUCAAUACUUUAUCUAGCAUACCUCAAUUGAAGAAAAUAAAUCUUAAAAAAGCGCUACUUGAUUACUUCGCGAGGAAUUUUUAUGGGUCAAAAAUGACCCUUUGUGUUAGAGGUCCACAAUCAGUAAACACAUUAACAAAACUUGUAGUUUCAAAGUUCGGUGAUAUAAGAGCUAACAAUGGACUAAAAAGAAGUAAAUUUGGUUCAAUCAGCUCUCGCCUCUCUAUAUCUAGUUUUCAAUCGAAGGAGAGGCAGCCGACAGAUCUAGAACAGUAUAACAUAUUGAAAUCGACAUGGAAACCAAAGUACCGUGAAGCCCCAUGCUUCACCCACGAUUCUGAUUCAGCGAACAUGAUAUUUAUCAGAUCCAACAAACAAUCUACUCUAAGGUUCUUAUUCCCUGUAGAGGAUAAGUUUAGUAAAUUUAGCUCAAAAACUGUGUCAUUAUUCAAGAACUUUUGGUGUGAGUUAUUUGGAGAUGAAACUAAGGGUUCUUUAUGUUACUUGUUGGUUGGAAAAAGCUGGAUAACUGAUUGUUUUGCCUACACAUCUGAGUUUUCCAGUGGUAGUUAUGGUUUAAUUUUACAGUUCGCAUUGACCAACACAGGUUGGGAUAAUGUUGAUAAGAUUAUCAAUAUUGUGUUGGAUAAUACCAUCGCCGCGUUCAUAGAUAAACCUACAGAUCAAUUGAGCUGCUUCCUGAAAGAGCAAAAUACAAUCGAUUUGAUUAGGUUUUUGUACCAACCAACAGAAAAAUCACCUAUGGAAGAAUGCUCUAAUAUUAGUUGUCUAUUACAGGAAGAUCUAGAAGAUCUAGAUAUAUCUUAUCUCUUCAAAGGGGCACCAACAAUAUCAGAUUGUUAUAGUAAUGAUAAUAACACGGUGGAUAUGAUUGAAUAUGAGCAGGAAUGCUGGUUGAAACAAGCGAGAGAGUUCCAAGAGUUUUUAAAAGUCUUCAUGAAUAGAUCCAACGUAUUUUUAUUUCUUCUGGGUAACGAAAAAAUAGCUCAUUCACUAAGAAGUAUUAUAAGAAUAAGAUAUUUUCUACUGAUGCAAUGUAUGAGUUUGAAUAUUCUAAAUGUAAUUUACCUACGCUUCCCAAAACUACUUUCUACCCAAUACACUUUUCAAGUUCCACCUCCCAAUGCCUUUAUACCGCCUUCUUGUCAAGAUGUCACAAUACUGCAACAACUCUUUUUAGAAUCCUCUUUAAAGUCACGCUUUUCUACCUUCAGGUUACAACUACUGAACACAAACUUGGGUAAUGUUCCUCAUUUAAUAAGCCGAAAUUCGUCAUAUGAGAUGUGGGCUCUCGAUAAUCCAAUCGACGCCUCGAUCGAUAAAAAAUCUAUUAUGUCAUUUGAGAUAUUUAAUAGAAGUAUGAUACCCAGCCCAGAAAAUAGUAUUAAUCUUGAAAUAUUAAGCCAAAUUCUAUCGACUUUAAUUUCCCCGCAAUUAUAUCCGUCAAUAAGAUUAGGUUAUUCAUAUGAAAUAAGCUCUUCACCUAAAGGCGAUAUCCAACUGAAAGUCACUAUUGGAGGGUUUUCAGAAGGUAUCAUAUCCAUCUUGGAUACAAUAGUCAAGACACUUUUAUUUAUCAUGAAAACACCACAAUUUCCAUCAAAAGAACUGCUUAGGAGAUCAAGAGUUUUAGUCAGGAAUUUAUAUGAGGCUGCUGCGUCUGAUAAUUGCGUCACUCUUGCCAGUAUGGGUUUAUUAAUCAUUCUAGAAAGGAAUAUGUGGACAUUGCAAGAUAGACUAGAAGCUCUAGAAGAGAUUGAUAUGGUAUCAUUUAAAGAGUUUUGCGUUCAGUUUCUAGAGGAACCAAUGUAUAUGAAUCUGUUAAUUCAAGGAAAUUUAGAUUAUGGAGAAGAGAUAAACAAUUAUUUGAAUACCAAUUUAACUCACCAUUUGGAAUGUAGUAAUGUAAAAAAUGAAAAACAAUCUUCGACAUUAUCAACGAUUCUUUUAGAGCCUGGCUCCAAUUUCUAUGCAAAAUAUAAUGGCCAUAUGGAUGACCCUAAUAAUAGCAUUGUUUAUUUCAUUCAAACAGGACUCCGUACGAAUAGACGGACAGUUACAUUAACGUAUUUUACUGAAUAUAUUAUGUCACUCACGUUAGUUCCUGAUUUGAGAAAUAAAAGGCAAAUUGGUUAUGCAGUGUUUGGUGGGUUAAGAGAAUUAACGUCAACUAUCGGUAUCCAUAUCACUGUCAUGUCCGGAAUUUCCCCAUCGGAUUUAGAGAUAAAAAUAGAUGAGUAUAUUGCUUACUUAGAAGAGACACUUCUUAAUUCUCUCACAGAAAAUCAGUUUACCUUACAAUAUAAACAAGGUUAUCUAGAUUUGCUAUCGAAUCAUAAAUUUAUGGAGUUAGAGAAAUCUGGCGGGCCUGCAGACUUAUUAAAUGAAGUAGUUGCAAACGUUCAAAGUGGUAAUGCUGAUGAAUUAAAUAGUCAUUUCAUGAAAAGCCACAAACAUUUUUUCAAUGAGAUAUCUAAUAAACGAUAUCAGUUCAAAGGUGAUUCAGAGUUAGUAGAUAUCGAAGUGAUAAAAAACUUAACUAAAAAAGAAUUUUUAAAAUUUUUCAGAGAGAAAGUCUCGAUAAAAUCUAAAGUUAGAAGCAAAAUCUCAGUAAUGAUUGAAAGUCCAAUGGCAGAAAUGGAGAUAGUAAAUAGGAAGACUUUUCUUCAAUUACAAGCAUUUUUGAAGUUGGAAGGAUUUACUAUUAAUAGUGAAAUUUUACGCGAUAUUGUAGAAAGGGCAAAUGGAAGACCAUCAGCUUUGAUAAAAGAUUUGUUUAAGUACUUCCGAGAACGUAACGAAGCUUUACGAUUAUGUACUGUGAUUUUAAAGGAAGUCGUCAAGGUUUCUGCCUCCAGUUUAAAACAUCGUUAUACACCAAAAGUUUCAUCUUCUAAAAUGAAACCAAAGAGACAAAGUAGUUCGAAUUGGGAUCAAGAUACAGAACCAGCAAUCCCAUUGAAGGAGAUAAAAGACUUGAACGAAUUUAAAGGAAGGCCUUCUUACCUAUGA